AUGAAAAACAGUCAAUUGUAUAUUUUAUGUUUUGGUACAACGUUGACAAGUAUUGUAAUUCUUCUAAAUUAUUUUCAACGAAAAAAAAGAAAAAAACAAGAUGAAAAACGAAAAAAUGAAUAUUUAAAAUGUAAAACAUUAUCUGAUUUCGAAGAAUUAGCUAAGAAAGCAAUGAUGCCACAUCGUUUUUAUUAUUAUGACUACAAAGCUGGUCAAGGACAUACAUAUCAAGCAUGUAGACAUUAUUUUGAUAAACAAUUAAGAAUUAUGCCAAGAGUUUUGAUGGACGUUAGUGAAAUUUCAUAA